AUGGAAGACACCAGUCCUUUGCUGGAAGAUUCUGGUGAACAGUCAACUGAGUGGGCCAUGGCCAUAGCCAAGGCUAAAGAAAUAGUUAAUGGAUUAGAUCAAGUAGUGCUGAAUAUUGCUGUAACUGGGGAGACUGGUGUAGGAAAGUCCUCCUUUGUGAAUGCCAUCAGAGGUGUUCAAAGAGGGGAUGAAGGCUGGGCCCCCACUGGGGUCACAGAAACUACAAUGGAACCCAAAGAGUACCCCCACCCCAGCAUGCCCAAUGUGAGGAUCUGGGAUUUGCCAGGAAUAGGGACCCCAUCAUUUGAUGCAAAACGCUACGUAAACAAAGUACAUUUUGAAAAAUAUGAUUUCUUUAUCAUAGUGAGUGCAUCCAGAUUCAGGGAGAAUGACCUCAAACUUGCAAAUGAAAUCAAGAAAACAAAAAAGAAAUUUUACUUUGUUCGCUCCAAGAUCGACAAAGAUGUGAAAAAUGAGAUUGAGGAUGGAGGGGGUACAGAGGAAGAGAUACUACUCAAAAUGCGGAAAGACUGUGAGGACAAUCUCAGAGAUCUGGGAGGGGCACCUGUCUUUCUCAUCACAUCCAAGGACCUGACGAAGUAUGACUUUCCGAAUCUGGUAGACACUCUGAAAAGAGAACUUCCUGUGGAAAAGAUGGAUGUGCUCUUACAGAGUUUUCCUGUUUUUUCGAAGCAGUCUCUUGACUGGAAAUACCAAGCAUUCAAUAAAAACAUCUGGCAAGUGGCUGCUGCGUCGGGGAUCGUAGGUGCAGCCCCUGUGCCAGGCCUCUCAUUUGCAGUUGACACUGCCAUGGUGAUGUCCUUUCUCACCGGGGUUUACCGCUCAUUCGGCCUGCAUGACAAAGCCCUGGAAAAGCUGUCAGAGACAGUGGACAAGCCCAUACUGGGAGAGGUGAAAAAGUCGAAAAUUAUCCAGGAAAUCAGCAAGUACAUGCUCACAUCAAGCAUGCAGCCAAAACUAUUGGCUUCGGCUGCAGUCAAUGUUUUGAGUCUUAUACCGGUAGCUGGCAGCAUUGCAGCUGCAACCCUGUCCUAUAAAACCACAAGGGCUGUGCUCCAACAAGGGCUGGAUGAGCUUUAUCAGGUUGCCAAAAAGGUGCUCGAAAUGGCAGAUCUGCAGUAG